AUGCAUGCCCACAAGACCCUUCGACAACUCAGCCUUGGCUCGAGUUUUACCCGUUCUCAGCGAGGACGCCCGUGGGGCUCAUCCCAUCGUCGUUUUGCGACAUCAGCUGUCGCUUCAUCGAUUGACAGGUCAAAUACAAUCGGCUUCAUCGGCCUCGGCGCCAUGGGUGGCCAUAUGAUUACCAACCUUAUUUCAAGAUAUCAGAGCCCUAUUAGCGGAAACAAGGUCGGCUUCGCAUUAUGUGAUGUGAACCAGGCCGCCGUGGACACUAUCAUUAAACGCCAAAAUGCCGAGCACCCCGACGUGCCUCUUAUUAGUUGCUCAACACCUUUUGAUGUAGCACAGAAGGCUUCUACCAUCAUCACCAGGGUCCCUACCGGAAAGCAUGUCCAGGAAGUAUACGUCGGCCAAGGCAAGAGUGUUCUCAGUGCUCUCAAGGAAAUGAGUCAGGAUCAACGCGCGGAUACUCUUUGUAUGGAUCAGUCAACCAUCGAGCAAAGUGUCAACAAAGCGGUUGCCCUACAACUACGACAAGUUGGCGCAGAUCUGGUGGAUGCCCCAGUUUCAGGAGGUGUCGUUGGUGCAGAAAAGGGCACAUUGGCCAUCAUGGUAGGAGGAUCCAAGACAUCGUACAAUCGCGCGGUCCCUGUCCUUGAAGCCAUGUCCCGCAAGGUCACAUAUUGUGGUGACCUUGGAGCUGGAAUUGCCGCUAAGAUCUCUAAUAAUCUCCUGCUUGGUAUCACGAUGCUUGGCCUGAGUGAGGCGAUGCUACUGGGAAAGAGACUCGGAGUCGAUCCGCAAGUCCUCGCUGAUAUCAUUAACAACUCCACGGGGCGAUGCUGGUCUAGCGAGGUCAACCACCCCGUUCCUGAGGUCAAGGUCGCAGAUGCUAGCCCUCCCUGUCACCGACAGUACGAGGGCGGCUUUGUAACCAAGCUGGCUCAUAAGGAUCUUGCCCUCGCCGUGUCAGCCGCAGCAGAAGCUAAUGUUCCUCUCGCGGUGGGAAGAUGCGUCGAGGAGACUUACAGACCGUUGGCCAAGUCCAAGGAGUUUGGAGACCGAGACUUCAGCGUGAUAUACGAGGCUCUUGAUACCUUGGGCUCCACCAAGGUAUAA